UCUCUCUCUCUCUCUCUCUCCCUCCCUCCCUCCCUCCAAGAAGCUAAGCAGUGUCCAUGGCUGGUUUUGCAAGAGCUGUGUCUUCUUCUUCUUCUUCAUUGGUUAUUCUAUUGUUGGUCUUCUUGGCAAGAACCAGCUUAUCAGAAGCCAGAGAGUUCUUGGUUGGAGGGAAGACAGAAGCGUGGAAUGUUACUUCUUCCUCCUCUCAUCACUCUCCUGAUUCUCUCAAUCAAUGGGCCGAAAGCUCCCGCUUCCUCAUUGGUGACUCUCUUGUUUGGAAUUAUGACAGCAACAAAGAUUCAGUACUGCAAGUGAGCAAGAGAGACUAUGUGACCUGCAACACUUCGAGCCCCAUUGCAGAGUUCAAGGACGGCAACACUAAGGUGAGACUCGACAAAGCAGGACCAUUCUACUUCAUUAGCGGAGCCGAGGGACACUGCGAGAAGGGACAGAGGCUGAUUGUUGUGGUCAUGUCUGAGAGACAUAGGAGGCACUUGGGAAUUGCUCCGGCACCAUCUCCUGCUGAGUUCCAAGGUCCAGCCAUUGCACCAACUAGCGGUGCCACCAGGUUCCAGGGCGGUUUAGUGGUGGUGACAUUGGUUGUUUUGUCUGGGUUGGGUUUGAUGUGGUGAGGGGUUUUGGGGGUUCCUCAAUAUUUUUAAUUCAGUGCUAUUCAAUUUGAUUUGAUUUAUAUAUUUGAUGCAUGGAGAGAAAAUGAGACGUAUUUUUUGGGGGCAAUGAUUUGAUUUUCUAUGUAUGUGGGUUGACACUAGAUGAGGUUCAGCUACACAACUAAAAUUCAAUAUGAAUUCAUUUAUUUAUUUAAUGUGCAGUGCCUUUUUAUUUGGGUAAA